AUGUUCUACCUUUUAGUGGUAAAACCUCUUGUUCCUAUGAUUAAACUAAAAAUGUAGUUUGGUGAUGCUUGUUUAAUGAAAUAUCAUCUAUUUGGAGGGGAAUUAUGGGAAGCAUUAAAAGAGAUGAAGACUAGCAAAGACUUAUUUAAAAGACAUAGAGACUUAUAUAUGAACCAUCCAUACAAAAUAUUUGUAACAAAUUUUCUUUGGAAAGUAAGAAUAAAUGUAGCGGAUCCAGAAUAUUAUAAAUUAAUUAAAUUUAAUAAUAUCAAUCAUGAGUAUUUAUUCAAUCAUUAAAUUAGCAAUGUCAUUUAAAAUGGUUUGAUUUGUUAGAUGGGAGAAAAAUGGAGGGCUCAAAGGUUACUUUUAAGUGAAUCAUUCGAUUAUGAUUAACUUAAAAGUCGUUUACCUAUGAUAAAUGAAGUUUGCCUGGAUAAAAUAAACUCAAUUCACGGAGAAAACAUCUUAGAAUUUCUAGAGUUAAUUACAGGACAAGUUGUAAUAAGAAGCUUUUUUGGAAAAUCAGCCGAUGGAGUACAAAUAAAUAAAAAGAAGAUUCAAAUAGAAAUAGCAGACUUAUUAAAUGAAUUGGGGGAAGUCAGAUUUAAAUCAAAAUAUCUCUUCGUUAAAAGAUUCUUUUUGGGUACCAAAAGUUGGGGUUUCUUUCCAACUAACAAAGAGAAAGAGUUACUCUAACGAAUUUCUGAAAUGAGGCUUGCUAUUGAAAAAUUGAUUUAAAAGAGAAUUGUAGAGAUAGAAUUAAAAAUGGAUGAAAAUGAAGAUGAAAUUAAGCAAAGAGAGACUGACUUUUUAGAUGUUCUUAUUAAAGAAUAUUUAAAAUAAAAGAAACAAGGCACUUAAAAAAUAACAAUUGAUGAAAUUAUAUAGUAGUUUAUCACUUUGUUUUUUGCUGGUACAGAUACCACAGCUGUCUUAAGUUAUCAUUGUCUAUAUUAUAUGGCUCAAUACCCAGAAAUGCAGGAUGAAAUAAGAGAGGAAGUACUUACAAUUUGUAAAAAUGAAAGCAUAUUGGAUGACAAAAUCAAACAAUUACAUAAAUUAUCUGCAUUCAUUAAUGAAGUGUUGAGAUUUAAAAAUCCAGCUUUGAGGUUAAUGAUGAGAUUUUGCAAUCAAACUCAUUAAGUAAAAGACCUUACAAUCUAGAAGGGAUGGAGUGUGACAAUUGAUUACUAAUUUCCUUAAUGGUUGCCUAAACAUUUUCCAAAUCCUGAAAAAUUUGACUAUAAAAGAUGGUUAGAAAAGGAACCAAUAAAAGAAAAUCAUCAAUUUGUAUACCUGCCAUUUUCAUCAGGACCUAGAAAUUGUAUUGGAUAACACAUGGCCUUGAUGGAAGCAAAGAUUAUUUUAUCAUAGAUUCUUAGACAGUAUUCGAUCGAAAUUAAUCACGACGUGGAUUCAAGGUGGACAGCUAGAUUCCUAUAUUAAUUAUAACCAGGAAAUUGUGUUAAAUUAUAGAAGCGAUGA